CCGCCUGCUCAUAUAGAGGCGCCUGGGGGGGCGCAGGGACCGAGGUUCGCCAUCGCCACCGCCGCCGCAUCCACCUUCAGCCCCGCCACCGCAGUUACCAGAACCUUCGCCACCGCCGCCGCGACCACCGCCAGGGCCACCAUCAUGCGGGAGAUCGUGCACCUGCAAGCCGGCCAGUGCGGCAACCAGAUCGGAGCCAAGUUUUGGGAGGUGAUCAGUGAUGAGCAUGGCAUCGAUCCCACUGGCACAUACCACGGGGACAGCGACCUGCAGUUGGAGAGGAUCAAUGUCUACUACAAUGAGGCCACAGGAGGAAAUUAUGUCCCCAGAGCUGUGCUGGUGGACCUGGAGCCGGGCACCAUGGACUCCGUCCGCUCAGGUCCCUUUGGCCAGAUCUUUCGACCUGACAACUUUGUGUUUGGCCAAUCCGGAGCCGGCAACAACUGGGCCAAGGGCCACUACACAGAGGGCGCCGAGCUGGUGGAUGCGGUUCUGGACGUGGUCCGGAAGGAGGCGGAGAGCUGUGACUGCCUGCAGGGCUUCCAACUGACCCACUCGCUGGGCGGCGGCACGGGGUCCGGCAUGGGGACACUGCUCAUCAGCAAGAUCCGCGAGGAGUUCCCGGACAGGAUCAUGAACACCUUCAGCGUGGUGCCCUCCCCCAAGGUGUCUGACACGGUGGUGGAGCCCUACAACGCCACGCUGUCGGUUCACCAGCUGGUGGAGAACACGGAUGAGACCUACUGCAUCGACAACGAGGCGCUCUACGACAUCUGCUUCCGCACCCUGAAGCUGACCACCCCCACCUACGGCGACCUCAACCACCUGGUGUCGGCCACCAUGAGCGGGGUCACCACGUGCCUGCGCUUCCCGGGCCAGCUCAACGCCGACCUGCGCAAGCUGGCCGUGAACAUGGUGCCCUUCCCCCGCCUGCACUUCUUCAUGCCGGGCUUUGCGCCGCUGACCAGCCGGGGCAGCCAGCAGUACCGGGCACUGACGGUGCCCGAACUCACCCAGCAGAUGUUCGACGCCAAGAACAUGAUGGCCGCCUGCGACCCCCGCCACGGCCGCUACCUGACCGUGGCCGCCGUGUUCCGGGGCCGCAUGUCCAUGAAGGAGGUGGACGAGCAGAUGCUGAGCGUCCAGAGCAAGAACAGCAGCUACUUCGUGGAGUGGAUUCCCAACAACGUCAAGACGGCCGUGUGCGACAUCCCGCCCCGUGGCCUGAAGAUGGCUGCCACCUUCAUCGGCAACAGCACAGCCAUCCAGGAGCUAUUCAAGCGCAUCUCCGAACAGUUCACGGCCAUGUUCCGGCGCAAGGCCUUCCUGCACUGGUACACGGGCGAGGGCAUGGAUGAGAUGGAGUUCACUGAGGCAGAGAGCAACAUGAACGACCUGGUGUCCGAGUACCAGCAGUACCAGGAUGCCACUGCCGAGGAGGGCGAGUUCGAGGAGGAGGCAGAGGAGGAGGUAGCCUAGGGCACCUCCAUGGCUUCAUGUCUCCCCCCUGCUCGGCUGCUGACCUCUGACCCCAGAGAACCCUGCUUCACCUUCCAGCCUGACUCACCUGGGACUACCACCUUGCAUCUCUUCCCCUGGCUAACCUUUGACCCUUGAGCCCCACUUUAUCUCCAACCCCCUUGAACCUUUCCUACUUAGACCCCAUGAGCCCUGCUUCACACAAGCCCACCUUGAACUCCAUGAGCCCUCCUUCACCCCUGACCUCUCCACCUUUGACCUCCCCACGAACCCCAUUGCACCCCCAGACCUAUAAGCCCUAAUUUACGUGGAUGUCUUCCCCCCUGAGCCUCUCUGAACUUGCCUCACCUUUGACCCCACAAGCCCCACCUGCCCUCUGACCCCACCUUCUCUCCAGAUCUCCCAAAAAGCACUCCUCUCCCCUCCCACCAACCUUGGCUUUCCAGGCAUGCUGCUGGGGAAGAAAGAAGCCCUCCCUGGAGCAUGUGGGCAAGAGAGGCUGCUCCCUCCCCUCCCUUCACCUCCCCUCAAUAAAUUAAUUGCUGUCCUGCCA